UUCUAUAAUUGUCUUCUUCUAUUAUAUUGUUAGAUCGAGAAGAAGAAAUUAAUCUGCUAUGGCUUUGCUUUUUAAUCCUUGUUUCUUCUUCUUUCUGUUCUCCUUAAUGGCCUUUUACUUUGCUGAGGGAGAUGAUUAUUAUGAGUUCCAAUCUAAUUCAUCAUGUCCCAAGGGAUUCUCCUGUGGAAGUUUGGGUCAUCUGGAGUUCCCUUUUGCUCAACACACCCACCCUCAUUGUGGUUUAAUUGGGGUAGAUUGUGAUGCUAAACCUCUUCCAAAACUCCAGUUGGGAAUGGGAAUGGGAAUGGGGGGAGAAUGGUAUCAGUUUGUGAAUAUAAUAAAAUCUUUCGCCAAUAGAGCCAUUCUUGCCCUUGAAGACUCAAAGCUUCAGAGCCUCUUAGAUCCCCAUAAUUACUCAAAUUUAAACUUCACCCUCCAAUAUCCGUAUUCUCCUUCUCUCACAUUCACCCACUUUGAAACAAAUACAUUCAAAGCCAUUCAUAAAUGCAACAACUCUCCAGCUGAUGAUGAUAUGCUCAAUUAUAAAAGGUAUUUCUGUUUUCAAGGAUUUGGUUUGGUGUAUAAAAAAGCCUUGGUUCCACAGGAGAAUCCCAAAUGUGUUGCUGCUAAGUGUACCCUGUACCCAAUUAAAAUUUUCGUUAACCAAACAAAUGCUCUGUUAACUGCUCGAUUUAGACUGGUAUUCCAAGUCUCAAAAGCUUGCAAUGAGUGUUACUAUGGAGGAGGCCAAUGUACGCAAGACAUCAACAAUCAAUUCCAUUGUGCAAAAGGAAACAACACCACAAGAAGAAAGAGAAAGUUGAAACUGUUUCCAGUGUGGGUUUCAGGAGGGGUGAUUCUGGUCCUUAUAUUAAUGUUCAUCCUACUACUUUGUAUUACCAAGAAAUUGUCAUUUCGCUCUUGCAUAGAUUGGUUGACUAAAAUAAAGAAAAUUGAAGAUGUACCCGAAUUUUUAGAAAGUCAUGGCCCCCUUGCACUUAAAAGAUUCAGUUAUACAGAAAUAAAGAAAAUCACAGACUCCUUCAAACAUGAACUUGGUCAAGGAGGUUUUGGUUCUGUGUAUAAAGGAAAAUUGCGGAAUGGAAGUCUCGUAGCAGUUAAGGUUUUGAAGGAAUUAAGAGCUAGUGGAGAAGAAUUCAUCAAUGAGGUGGCAAGUAUUAGUAGGACUUCUCAUGUUAAUAUUGUCACUCUGAUUGGAUUUUGCAUUGAAGGUAGAAAAAGAGCUCUUGUUUAUGAAUUCAUGCUUAAUGGGUCUCUUGAGAAAUUCAUUUAUGACAAUAAAUCUAUUGUGGGUCGUCAGCUGGGAUGGAAAAUGUUAUAUGAAAUAUCAAUAGGUAUAGCCCGAGGGUUAGAGUACUUGCAUCGUGGCUGCAACACUCGUAUUCUACACUUGGAUAUAAAGCCCCAUAAUAUUCUUUUAGAUGAAAACUUCUCUCCAAAAGUUUCAGAUUUUGGCCUAGCAAAGCUAUGCAACAAACAAGAAAGCACCGUGUCAAUCUUUGGUGCACGAGGAACUAUUGGAUAUAUUGCCCCAGAAGUUGUUUGCAAAAAUAUUGGAGGAGUCUCUCACAAAUCAGAUGUCUACAGUUAUGGUAUGAUGGUUCUUGAGAUGGUUGGAGGAAGAAGAAAUGUCGAUGUUGGAGUUAGCCGCAAUAGUAAAAUAUACUUUCCUCAUUGGAUUUACACAAGAGUUGUGUUAGAUGAUGAGCUUGGAUUGAAUGGAGUAAUGAAUGAAGAGGAGAAUGAGUUUGUAAGAAAGAUGGUAAUAGUUAGCUUGUGGUGCAUACAAACUGAUCCAUCAACUAGACCAUCAAUGUCAAAGGUGGUGGAGAUGUUAGAAGGUAAAGUAGAAUAUUUACAAAUCCCACCUCAACCUUACCUCUACUCUCCCACAAGAUCUGAGGAACAACACUCACCUACUGUGUAUAUUGCCUAGUACUUGACUUUUUGGUGCACUAUGUUAUACUAAUGCUUUUCAUACAUAACAACAUAUUUUCAUUACUGUACUAUAUGAUGCUAAG